AUAACAUUAUCAAUCUUCACCUCAAAAUAGAACCAAUAAUUUUAAACCAACAUUUUAUAUAUUUCUUUUUUUUAUCUUAAAAUCUCCAAAAUGUUAAGUGUGAAAGGGUUAGUGGACUCAAGUUGUUUGAAAAAUGUUCCACAAAAAUAUGUGUGCAAAAGAAAUCCAGUUGAAUUUAUUUCUUAUGAAGAAGAGACAAUUCCCAUAAUAGACCUUUCCCUGCUCACUUCUGGUACUCCUACUGAGCGUUCCAAAGUUAUCGUAGAACUCGGCAACGCCUGUACGGACUGGGGAUUUUUCAUGGUGAUUAAUCAUGGAGUGCCGAAGAAAGUAACAGACGACAUGAUAAAUUCAGUUGAAAGUUUCUUUAAUCUGUCGGAGGAAGAAAAGCAAGAGUAUGCAGGAAAAGAAGGGGUGAAUCCAAUAAAAUAUGGAACCAGCUUCAAUUUAACAGUGGACAAGGCACAAUUCUGGAGAGAUUAUCUUAAGAUUUUAGUUCAUCCUCAUUUUAUCUCUCCGCAUAAGCCUGCUGGCUUCAGCAAAGUUCUUGAAGAGUAUAGCAGGAGAACUAGAGAAUUGGCAAAUGAGUUGCUCAAAGGUAUAUCAGAAAGCUUAGGGUUGGAAGAAAACUAUAUAUUAAAGAAAAUGGAAGUGGAAGAAGGAUCGCAGAUGAUGGUAGCAAAUUUAUAUCCACCGUGUCCACAGCCAGAUGUCACAAUGGGAUUGCCACCUCAUUCUGAUUAUGGUCUACUCACACUACUUAUUCAGAAUGAAUAUCAAGGGCUUCACGUUAUGCACAAAGAAAAGUGGGUUGCUAUCCAUCCCUUGCCGGAAUCUUUUCUUAUCAACACCGGCGAUCAUAUGGAGAUACUUACCAACGGUAAAUACAAGAGUGUAAUACAUCGAGCAGUAGUAAACCAGAAAGGAACAAGAAUUUCGAUAGGAACAGCUCAUGGACCACCACUUGAGACCACUGUAAGUCCUGUGCCAGAGUUAGCUGAUCCUCCUGCAUAUCUUGGAAUGAAGUUCCGAGAAUAUAUGGAGCUUCAACAAACCAACCAACUUCAGGGAAAAUCUUGCUUAGAUCGGAUUCGGAUAUGACAAAUCUAUCUUGAUUUCUUCUUCUCUCUUAUAAAUAAAUAAAUAAUAUUUGUUUUAGUUUUAAUUAAUGCAUGUAUAAUUGUGUUCUAAUUUUAGAGUAGUAUUUAAUGUUCAAAAAUAAUAUGUGAAUAUUGUAUU